UCGUCAAAAGCCUCCCAUACUUGCAUAUUCAGAGAAAAUGGGCGGAACGAAGGGUCCAGGAAUAGAUCUUGAAAACUCGGAUGUUUUUGAAACAUCCGAGCAAACUGAAGCGGACCAGCAUUAUUUCCCGGAAACUGAUGAAUCGUCUGCUAGUAUUGAAACUAUACAUGUGUCCACUAACGAAGCCUUUGGAAGGUUUAAAGGCAGCCUAGUGGAUACUGCUAGUGUAGAUUUUUCUGAUCGAAUAAGAAAUACCAGAAGAAAAGGGUAUAUAGUAUGGAAAGGAGAAGACGAGAAUAAAAAAGAAGAAACUGUUGUGCAGAAAUAUCAACGUCUUAAUGCCGAGGUUCGUGAGCUCUCUGAGGAUAUCCAGGAAGCGCAGAGGAAUAAGGAUUCUUCUUUAGAAACCGGAACCUUGGAAUCACUUUCAUCCCAGGUUGAGUUGUUGCAUAAGCAUCUAGUUGAGAUAAGACUGGAGCAGGUUCUAGGCAAGGAAACCUUGGAGACAAUGACAGACCCUGAGGCUGCGGUUAGAAAACGUCUCCUUUCUCAACUCAAUCAGAUGAAAGAUAUACAAGUAGAGUUGAGGGCUGCAGACAACGCUAAUACUAAGAGUUCUGCACGGUUCAACUACAAUCUUAUGAUGAAACCAAGUACUUCUCGUCUGCAGGCGCAAUCAGGGAUCGCUAGACUGUCAGCUAGGAUUGGAGCACUGGAGAAACUAAUCGGAGACAAUCCUGAGGAUCUAUCCGUCCUCAAUAUGGAAACUGGCAGAAAGAGUUUGACCGAAGCUGUUUCUGUGCUCUCUUCCAAAACAACUAUCCUUGAACCAAAGAACUUAGAUCAUAUUGAAGGUCGGUUAGCUGUACUGCAUCAGAAACUGGAUAAUGAGGGAGAGCAGAGUGUAGAGGAAGACAAGACUGCGAUGGAUAAGAUCAAGGAGCUAGUAAAGCUGUCGGAUAAAUCUACUCAGUGGGCUGCUGAGAUACCAGAUAUACUGGACAGGAUGGAAGCUCUUAGUCCUCUUCAUACAGAGGCAGCUGAUUUAACUCAAUCCUUGCUAGAGCUUGAAACAGUUCAAACUCAGCUCCUAACCCAGCUCUCCAAUAAUUCUACUCUUCUCAAGGAGAUAGAGAAUAAGUUCCAAGAGAACCUGACAAACAUUGAGAGGAACUUUGAUAAUAUCGACUCCAGGGUUAAAGCGAUUCAAGCCAUCCAAACCAAGAAAUGAUCUGUGAUUUAUCUUUAAUUAUAUAUAUAUGUAUUUGCUAUAAAAUAUGUACAUUAUUCAUCUAUAAAAACUAACACUUAAUGUUGCAUUUAUAAUUCAUGAUUUCAGA